CGGGCGGUGUGUGUAUGAGAGAGAGAGAGCUGAGGCUGGGCGAUGCUGCUCCAACUCCGGAGUGAGAACUGACGGACACAAGUAGGAGACAGAGCCGUUACCCACAAUUCCUGGCAGCUUCUGUUUAUAUCUCACUUUUCUAAAGUACACAGCAAUGCAGUCCCAGGGCAGCACUUCCUCUCAGCCCUCCUUCGACUCCCUGAGCUCCAGUGACAGCCUCUUGUUCAGCGACUCAGAGCAAGCGGAGGACGACACAGACGUCUUUCUCACAGACAGCUCUUCUUCCGUGAUCAUUGGUGGGACGGGUGGGGCCACAAAUGACGGAGAAGGGGGAUCGGAAAGUCCUGGGUCUCAGUGGACAUGUGAUGGCUUCACUGAUAAAGAGGAAGAGGAGGAGUCAUACAGGUCGGAAAGUGUUGGCCAAGGGGCUCGUAUCGGACUGGACGAAAGGGAUCCUACCGGACAGAUCCCAAAGUCUCAGGGAGACUUGCUGUUUGCUCAGAAGUGUGCUGAGCUGCAGGGUUUUGUCAGGCCCCUGCUGGAGUUGCUGAAUGGACUUAAGAGGGGCCGAUUCGAUCGUGGUUUGAGUAGUUUUCAGCAGAGUGUUGCCAUGGAUCGAAUUCAGAGGAUCGUGGGGGUUCUGCAGAGACCAAACAUUGGGGAGAAGUAUCUCAAUACGCUGCUCCAGGUGGAGAUGAUGCUAAAGCUUUGGUUUCCUCAAAUCUCAACUCACCCUGCGCCCGCAGCCUCAAGCGACGCCACAUCCCCCUCUUGCUCCAUCCAGGACACUUCCAGCUCCACUCCGCCACACAAGCACAGGGAUCAGUUACAUAUUCCCGUUAAGAAGCGCAGACUCAGCUGGACAGGAACCGAAUCACCCACACCCUCCCCUGUGCUUCUGAAGUGCCCUCGUAUCAGUCCAGAAGAGAAGAGGGUGAAGCAGGAUGAUGAGGAAAGGAGUAGCACUCCUUCAACGGGGUCAUCCAAUGAAAACCAAAAUUUGCUUGAAGUGGCCAGUGACACAACAGGAAAGGACAGUGAAGAGGCAGGCAAACUGUCAAAUUACAAAGCAGGUCAAAGCUCAGAGCCAAGCCUGACAUGGGUUCACGUUGCCCCCAUCCUGUCCCCACGAAAAACCUGCUCCUCGCACGAGGGCUCAGCCGCGGCAGUAAACGACAAAAACCAGCCUGUUGCUACUGUUGCCCCACCCAGCAGGAGGGGCAGUCCAGCAACACAAGACAGCUCUAUCUCCUCUACCACAACCACCAAGCACCCCCUACAUGUCAUGAAGCCAACCCAGAGCCAAAGCCAGCCUGUUGCUGGACAACAGAGUGACAGUGAGACCAUCGAGACCUGUCAGGGUCAAAGCCAAUCCCCACAUGUGAAGCCUUUGCCUAGGGUGUGUCCCACCCCCUUGGAGACCUGAUGUGUCCAGCGUGCAGAGCCAGCAGCCUUGCUUUGCUACAUCACCAGGCUAAACGCUGCUGUGAGAAGAGUCAGAAUGCCUAUGAUUAAAAAUGCAUUAAAGACAGGAAGGGAGCCAAGAAUUUGAGGUAAAGAAUUAAACCCCUCAUCAAGACCACUACUGCAACAGGAACGUAAAAGAACUGGAUAUAAAGUGUUUAUAACCAUAAAAUCUGUGGGGACUUGUUUACUGUUAUAUACUAAUCUAAACAUAUGCACAAAAAGGGUUGAAGUUGAAGGAAAUAAGAAAGAGCAUCUAAAUAUUAUAAGCUAUUUACUGGUUAAGAAACUGAGUAAGGACCAAGAAGAGAGAUUUCAAAGGAUUUAGAAGAGUUGAAGUAAUAGUCUCUCUUCAGAAAUGAACUUGGUCAAUCUGAAAAGAGACAUUGAUGUCAAUAUUGAGAAUAAAUGUAUCUGAAGUUUAUGGUGAUGAGAUAUCCUAGUGGGCUAACACAGGGUGAGCUGAGUUAGAAUAAAGUCUUGGAGGAGGCAAAUUUGAGACUACAUUCACUUGUGGAUUGAACAGACUGGCAUGGAGAAGAAAAGUGACAAAAUCAUUGAAAAUCAUGUAGCUAGUGAUGUGAGAAAUUCAGUGUACAGAAUACAGCAUCAUACUGUACAUGUGGUGUGUUUAAGUCAUUGGAGACUGUGGAAAAAAAUGAUGUCAUCAACUCACGAAUGUAAUCCAAGAACUGUUUGAGCACUCGGCUGGUACAUCUACGGCAAGGCAUUGAGAGGAGUGACACCACGGCAACCAGAGGUCACCCCACUGUUCCUGUCGUGCUGUGGAUCAGAUGUUCUUGCCCGGUCCCUCACUGCAAACUGAGCGGCAGCCAGUGUCACGAAAGUCCACGAAAGACUUUUAUAGGCCAGCUGGAAGAAAAAUACGGACCACUCAAAGACACAAGACUCUCCCAUAGUUAAUUUAUUCAUGUGUUGAUCUGACACUGCAUUUAUUUAUUGUUUGUAUUUAUUUAAUAGGCAGCUGAAUAUCGCCAGCUGUGUGAUUGCAUAGAUUGGCCUACAUUUUCUGAGGUGAUUGGGAUGAUGCUGUUAACAGUUUGUUUGUGGUUUUUCUUGCAAUGGUGGCAGGGGUAAAAAAAAAAAAAAACCGAAGGAAAUGAAAUGUUAAUAACUGGACUACUGUGCCUUUCACCAAAUAGGAUGUGUUCAGAAAAGCAAUUUGGUGCUUUCAGUGCAUUCGUACUGCGUUUUGAUUGUUCGGUUGUAUUUCACAAAACCAGUAACACAAUCAUGAAUGCCUACAUGUAGUCAUUUUAAUAUUCAUCAAAACCAACAGUAUCAUUAACUAUCUACUUAAAACACAAUAUCCAACUCAAUAUUGUAACAUCUACAGUUAAUCAAAACUGCCUAGAUCUCUAACUUUUCCGCGCACCAACAGCAGUGGCUACUAUUUGUGAAGUGUUUCAAUAUUAGCCUUCUUUUUGGGUUGUUUAUGUAUGUAGGUGGGUGGGUGGGGUGGGGUGAGGCGGGGUGGGGGGGGGUUCUGAUCAACAGAACAACUGAGCGAACUGCACUUAAAGCUGGUGCCCCUGUAAACUUGAAAAAGCAAGACAGAAAUUAUAAAUGUAAGGGAGGAUGCCUUUAUUUGCACCUGCUCUACUGCUGCUAUUGCUCGUCUAAAUCCAGUUGUAAUUUAGACAUUUGAUUGGAAACUCUUGCUCACACUGCUCACAAUAUUCUUAGUAAGUUUUAGUGAUGUGAUUGGAUUCACCUGUAUUGCAAAAUAUUGUAAAUAUUUAGACAAAACUAUUUUUAAUUAAUAUAAUUUGUUCAUACAUGAAAAGAGCACCACGUGUGAACACAGAGCUACUGGCAGCUUCCAUGUCACUGACCAGGUUUUGGAGGAAGGACUGUAACAAUCCCUCAGACAGACCGUCCUACCCCAUCCUGUCUCCAGACACAACGAUACAGUGUGCCAGACGCUGACCCUCGCUCAGAAUCGGGGGGCGUCGUUUACCCCACACUGGUGUUGUUUUUAUACGGUUUGUGGUAUGACAGGGAAACCAAUUGCACUUAUUUUUUUCAUUGUUUAUGUCCUUUUUCAUGUAUGUUUUUGUACUGCAGCGACCACUGCUGAUUGGUCAGAAGUAACUUGUUUAUUUUAGCUGCCUUCUUCUUACAUAGUAAAAGGUGACUGUAGUCCUCCCUGCCUCCCCUCCCCCACUCUGCUGCAUUCGUCUGCCCUUGCCCUCUCUCCUUCAUCUCCCUCAAUCCUGUUAGUAUGUUUUCGUUCUAAACUAACUGUCUUACUCUCACUUUACAUUAUAUACUCUUCUGGCUACUUUUUUUUUCCAGUAACGAUUCAAAGAGAAAGAAAAUCUUUUAAUAAAUGACACAUUUUUGAAAGCUGAA